AUGAAUGACACAUAUGAUACCGUAGGAGUACUGAAGUGUGCCUGUCUUCUGUGUUUUUCAAAUUAAAAAAUAGUUUUUAUAAUGGUGGAUCGUUUAGUAAAUAGUGAAGCCAAUGCUAGACGAAUUGCUAUGGUGGAAAACUGUUUCGGCAGUUCAGGUCAGCCAUUGGCAGAACAAGGCAGAGUUCUUGUUGGUGAGGGAGUCCUAACAAAAAUGUGCAGAAAGAAACCAAAGGCCCGACAAUUCUUCUUAUUUAAUGAUAUUUUGGUGUAUGGCAACAUUGUAAUCAACAAGAAGAAGUAUAACAAGCAGCAUGUCAUUCCACUCGAAGAAGUUAAAUUGGAGUCACUAAAAGAUGAAGGCCAAUAUCGAAAUGGUUGGUUAAUACGCACUGCAUCAAAAUCAUUUGCUGUCUAUGCAGCAACAGCUACAGAAAAAGAAGAAUGGAUGGCCCACAUAGAGAAGUGCAUUGAGGAUCUGUUAAAAAAAAGUGGUAAGCAGCCUCCCUCAGAACAUGCAGCAGUGUGGGUACCAGACAAUGAGGCAGCAAUUUGUAUGCACUGCAAAAAGACACAGUUCACGGUUCUAAAUAGAAGGCACCACUGCCGCAAGUGCGGCUCGGUGGUGUGCGGGCCGUGCUCGUCGAAGCGGUUCGUGCUGCGCGGGCAGAGCGACAAGCCGCUGCGCGUGUGCCUGCAGUGCUACGACGGGCUCAACCGCGACAAGGCGCGCGCGCACCAGCCGCCCGCGCAGGCGCCCGCCGCGCCGUCCGCAGUUAAAUCAGUGGCGGACGCAGCCGGCUCCGGCGGCGACUCGUCACAAGAUGAUGACAGCGAUGAUGAUGACGAACGAGUGGCUGAGGAGAAACAUGAUGAGGGCUUUACAAGUUAUAACGGUGUCAAAAACGGCUUCGGCAAUAAAGUGACAACCGUAUAGUACACACUUAAAUUGUCCAAAAUUCUACAGUGACGGUGAAAAGACUGAAGAAAACAGCAGCAACAACAACCAUUCGUCCAAGGAAUAGACCAAGUGAAACGAGAAGACCCUUAUUGUAUACAGGUCUAUAAAUUAUUACAAAUUUAUACUAAUACACUGUAUAAUAUUAUAUCUGUGUACUUUUGUGAUGGGCAUUUAACGUUUUGAUAAAAUUAAAGAAUAUUCUUACCGAAUGAAACAAGUACAAUGGUAUUAUAGUGUUACACAAUAAAAUCACUUGAGACACUAAAAUUAUGCACAUUUUGAUUUUGUCUAAUAUUAUAAAUAAUAUAGUUAUGUAAAAUUGUAACCUCUGUUCAUCUUUAUAAAAUAAUAAAAGUGGAAAAUAUAUGCGCAUAUCUCAUAUAAUAUGAUAUAACACGACAUUAUUCGAAUUUAUGAACACUCCGAUUUGCUCAUAUUUAUGGUCCAAUUUUAAUGUAUAUUAUAGUUGUAGGUACUCCUAUAAAUACGAGUUUUACGAAUUUAUAUUAAACUAACAUGCACCAAUGUUUCGAUUUUUUUAUUAUUUCAUCUAUGCAUACUAUCAAAGCACAAAGUUUAAAUAAUUUUGUUUUCUGUUUAUUAAUAAUAAUAAUUCGUAUAUAACUUAUUACUAUAAUAUCAUUGUACAUUUCUUUACACAAAGGCCUUCUAGCAUUAUUAGGGAAUUAGACUAAUUAUGAGAAUAUUUUUAAUAUCUUUUUUAAUACUAUAACGAAACAACCACAAUUUUAUACAAAUAAUUUAUCAUAUCUUGCGUUUUUAUCAGCUUUAAUAUGCUUGUUAAACAAGGGCGAUGUUAAAGACACAAACUGUCUGUUUCUUACGUGUUAUAAUUACUUAGUUGUAGUCGCGUUAUGUCAAUAUAUAUUUAAUAUUUUAUUGUAAUCUAUGAUAGUUUAUAUUUUGAUACUAAAUUGUUGAAUUUUCCGUACGGUGGUUUGGAUAUGAACGGUUUACGCAAACGAGCUUAAUUUCAUUAGUAGGCAUACAUACACUUUAAUUGUAUUCUCAUUUGCCAAAACUAUGUUUCUUACUCAUGGAAGAUUUUUUUUAAAGUUUACUAUUUGAUUUUUUUUUUUCUAAACAUGUUAAAUUUCUUCAUUAAAUUGAAUAUAAUAUCUAGAACAUAUUAUGUCAAAAUUAAAAAUCCAUGAGCAUUAUUAACUCCAUAUAUAGUGGCCUGUGGCCAAAAUUUUCCAAUAAUGAGAAUUUAUAUACUUGGAAACAUAUUUAGAAAAACUUUCAGUGGUACACGAGGUUAAUUAAAACCACUUAAAACCUCUUCUGUAUUUUUGUAUGUAUAUUAGAAUUUAGUGUUUAAGAUUUUGUAAGAAGUUUGC